AUGAUCAUUCGUCGAUCGCCAUCGCUGCCUAGCUGUGCUUUCGGGACGCUCUCCGGAUCCAUCCUUCACAAUGAGUUUCGCCAUCUGGAAAACAACGAGUGCCCGACCGACAAGGUGUGCCACAACUUCCGUUGCAUCAAUCCUUGCUCCACGUCUUGCGGUGUUGACGCUGAAUGUACCGUUCGCAAUCACGUCACCGUCUGCCAAUGCCCAAGGGGAUUCACCGGCGAUCCGUUCGUCUCCUGUACUCCGUCUUCCAGCUCCAGCCAGACCAGCCGUCAAACUGGUGGAGAUCACUGUACCCCUACUCCGUGCGGAGCCAACUCCGAGUGUCGGGUCGAGAACAAUCGUGCUGUCUGCUCUUGCUUGGAUGGAUUUAUGGGCGAUCCCAUUGAGGGCUGUUAUCGUGAAUGCGAAACUGAUUUCCAAUGCGAUACCAACCAGGCUUGCGUAGGCUUCCGUUGCACAGAUCCAUGUGGAAGUUGCGGAACUGACGCCGUGUGCAACGUUCGGAACCAACGCGCAAUCUGUAGUUGCCCGGCCAACCUCUUGGGUGAUCCGUACAGCGGAUGCUACCCCGAGUGCACGCAACACGAGGAUUGCCGUAGCAACCAGGCUUGCUUCAAUCUCAAGUGCGUCGACCCGUGCCAAGCAGCUUGCGGCGACCGAGCCGAAUGCCGUGUCGAGAACCACAAGGCCAUUUGCUCUUGCCCCAAUGGCUACACUGGACAUCCAUUCACUGCUUGCCGACCAUUCGACUAAGAGUAAGAAUGUCAUAAGCAAUCUUCAGGAUCUCUUCUAAGCCAUAUCUCUUUUUCUCUGGUCAAAACAGGUGAUCUUUGCAAUUUUUGGCUUUGUACCUAAUUUAACGUGUCUCAACAACUGCUUAUUUCCUACAAAUGGCAUGAUAUUAUCUUUAAUAUUAUACCUGAAUGAUUAACUCUGGCCUUAAAAUACAAUGAGAAAAUUCGUUUUCUGAAAAAGA